AUGAGCAACCCCAACGAGGAAGACCUCUCCUUAACCGAUACGGUCACUCCGUCGCUAACCUCCCUGCAACAACAAAUUGAUGACAUGAACCAGGUGUUCCAUAGACAGCUCGACUCUUUUGCCAAUCGAUUCAUCGAGUAUGAUCAAAAAUUCCACGACCUGUGUACCCGCAUAGAUGAGGUUGACGCUGAUAUCACAUCCAAACUGACACAAGUACAAACCAAUUUCCAUAGUGAGUUCGUUGCAAUACAAGGCAACAUUGCCGAGUGUAUAGCAAGUAAUAAUAAUUCCCAUUCCACCACCCUAAAUGAAAGUAUCAACCACAUGAACAGUGUACAGCGUAGUAUCAACACACAAAUCCAAUCGCUUUCGGACCGGAUCUGUAUCACCGAAGGUCAAGCCUCACGACUGGCGGCUCUAGAGAAUAGACUUCAAAAUACUUCCAUAGACCCCAUCCUUUCAACCAAACCAUCAAUAUAUCAAUGCCCCCCUCAACUAAAUUCAUCAUUACCCCCAAGAUUAACACAAUCACUAGCCCCUCCUAACGUUCUCUCUUCAACAGUCUUGCCCAAUAUCUCCAAAAUAAAUAGUCUUCCCAAUAAUUCAAUCUCAGCUAUUCAAAAUUGUCAAAAUAAUCCAAACCUCUCUAACCAUAGUAACCUUUCAAAUAAUCUAUCCCAUACUUCUGCUAUCUCUCUAGAUCCCCACCGCAUCCCUAAGUAUAACGGUCAACUCUCUCCCACUCACCCCGCUGACUUCCUUGAUAAGGUUGAUCAGUAUUUUUUAAUGCAUAAUGCCUCCGACCAGGUCAAAAUUAAUUUCAUCAGUGAUAACUUUACCGGCAAAGCUUUGCUUUGGUACAAUACUCUCCUUCCCCCUCCCAUAAAUUACAAUGAUUUCGUAGAACUGUUCCGAGAUUAUUUCUGGUCACAAAGCUUACAGCGUUCAAUACGCAAUGAAUUAUAUCGGCCCCACUAUCACCGUGAUGAGGCCACAAUGUCUGAACACGCCAUGGACUGGAUCAGUCGUGCACGUCAUCUUCAACCUCCUAUUGACCAGAUGGAAAUGGUCGACCAGAUAACAUCUCAUUUCUCCUACAACGUAUCCUUAGCCCUAAGGGGACUCCGCAUUCUCACUACGAACGAGUUGAUUAAACAGCUUACAUACCUUCAACGUUCCAACACACCCCACAACAAUCAGAACAACAAUGGUAAUUCUAACAAUAAUUCUCGUCCCAAUUCUCAACAACAACAGUAUUAUCCCCAUUCCGGCCCUCAAAAUCAAAAUCGAAACCCCUCCCGUAAUAACAACUACAAUAGACCUCAAUAUCAAAACAAUAGUAACACUCAACCAUCCUCUCUACCAGACCAUGCCGUACCACCUCCGGGAAACUAG